AGCCGCCGUAGCUGGCGGGACGGUCACGUGCAGCGGCUCCGCGGUGUCGGGAGGCGGCGGCGACGACGGACGACGACGGAGACGGAGCGAGAGAGAGAGAGAGAGAGAGAGGGAGGAAGAACCGCGGACAACCAGAGAGAGAGCCCCGACCCCGGGCUGGAAACCGCUCGGCUGAGCCCAUCCCACCUCGAACCAUGGACUCGAGCGCCAUCCAGAUCCCCUCCCGGCUGCCCCUGCUCCUGGUCAACGAGGGCGUCUUGCUGCCCGGCUCCUCCGUGCGCGCGGUGGUGGAAACUUCCAGAAACCUGCAGCUGGUCAGGAGCCGCCUGCUGAGGGGCACGUCCCUGAGGAGCACGAUCAUCGGGGUCGUCCCCAACACCAGGGAUCCGGACACGGAGGCGCAGGAGCUGCCCCGUUUGCACAGGAUUGGCACGGCGGGUAUUGCGGUACAAGUGGUGGGAAGCAACUGGCCUAAACCGCAUUAUACGCUGUUAAUCACAGGCCUCUGCCGGUUCCACAUACUUGAGGUGCUGAAGGAGAAGCCUUAUCCAGUGGCAGAGGUAGAACAACUUGACCGACUAGAGCAAUACACAAAUGGAUCUGAUGCUGCUGGAGAGUUAAAUGUACUUUCAGAGCAGUUCUACGAGUAUGCAAUACAGUUGGUGGAGCUGCUGGACAUGUCUGUGCCAGUCGUUGCUAAACUGAGACGAAUGCUGGAUAGCUUACCGAAAGAAACAUUACCUGACAUUCUGGCAUCAAUUAUCCGCACAAGUGCCAAUGAAAAGCUGCAGGUAUUGGAUGCUGUUGGUUUGGAAGAGAGAUUUAAGAAGACAAUUCCACUGCUUGUUCGGCAAAUUGAAGGUUUAAAGUUACUUAAAAAGACUCGAAAACUCAAAUUGGAUGAUGAAAAGAGGGUUGUGACUAUCCGACCCAUUCGGAGAAACAACUCGAUUUCAGGAAAACGUUUUCCUUUGGACACAGCUGAAGAAGAGGAAGAUGAUGAUGUUGACGAUAUUAUCAUGCUAGAGAAGAAGAUCAGAAACGCAAAUAUACCAGAGCAAGCCCUGAAAGUUUGCAUGAAGGAGAUCAAAAGGUUAAAGAACAUGCCUCAGUCAAUGCCAGAGUUUGUAUUGACCAGGAAUUAUCUGGAGCUAAUGGUAGAACUGCCAUGGAAGAAAAGCACAUCUGAUCGUCUAGAUCUUCAUGCUGCACGAGUUUUACUUGACAAUGACCAUUAUGCAAUGCAGGAGCUCAAAAAGAGGGUGUUGGAGUACCUUGCAGUGCGGCAACUUAAAAACAACCUGAAGGGACCAAUCCUUUGCUUUGUGGGACCUCCUGGUGUUGGCAAGACCAGCGUGGGCAGAUCGAUUGCAAAGACCCUGGGCAGAGAGUUCCACAGGAUAUCAUUAGGUGGAGUUAGUGAUCAGUCUUAUAUUCGUGGCCACAGACGUACAUAUGUGGGUAGCAUGCCUGGUAGAAUCAUCAAUGGUUUAAAAAGCGUUGGAGUAAAUAAUCCUGUCUUCCUAUUGGAUGAAAUUGACAAAAUGGGCCGGGGUCUUCAGGGGGAUCCUGCUGCUGCUCUUUUGGAGGUAUUGGAUCCAGAACAGAACCACAGCUUCACUGACCACUACUUAAAUGUCUCCUUUGACCUGUCCCAAGUGCUUUUCAUAGCUACAGCCAACACUACUGCUACCAUUCCUCCAGCCCUGCUUGAUAGGAUGGAGCUCAUCCAAGUGGCAGGUUAUAUGCAGGAAGAUAAGGUUGAAAUUGCUCUUAGACACCUGAUCCCAAAGCAGUUAGACCUUCACGGACUGACACCUCAUCAUUUACAGAUUCCACAAGAGACCACUGAAGAUAUCAUCAGCAGGUACACGAGGGAAGCAGGAGUCCGCUCCCUCGAACGGAAGAUUGCAGCCAUUUGUCGUGCUGUAGCUGUAAAAGUGGCAGAAAGCCAACAUAGGUCAGCAAAAUCCAGUCAUCUUCCUGUGCCUGGGGAAGAAGGAAAAGCGAGAGUCCCCGAAGAGACCAAAGAUGAAUCCAUCACUGACACGACUGACCUUGCACUGCCUCCCGAAAUGCCUAUUGUAAUUGAUUGUCACGCCUUGAAAGACAUUCUGGGACGUCCUAUCUAUGAAGUGGAGGUAUUCCAUCGUCUGAAUCAACCUGGAGUGGCAAUAGGUCUGGGGAGGACAAAUUUUGGUAGUGAGAUUCUGUUUGUAGAGGCAAGCCAAAUGGAGGGAGAGGGUCAGCUGACUCUAACUGGACAGCUGGGAGACGUGCUGAAGGAAUCAGCACAUCUUGCAAUAAGUUGGCUUCGCAGCAAUGCCAAGAAAUAUCAUUUAACUAAUGCUGCUGGAAGCUUUGAUCUGCUUGACAACACAGACAUACAUCUGCACUUCCCAGCUGGAGCUGUCACAAAAGAUGGACCAUCUGCUGGUGUUACUAUAGUAACCUGCCUCGCCUCUCUGUUUAGUGGCCGUCUGGUACGAUCUGAUGUAGGCAUGACAGGUGAAAUAACACUGCGAGGCCUCGUUCUACCAGUUGGUGGCAUAAAGGACAAAGUUUUAGCUGCACACAGAGCUGGGCUGAAGAGAGUUAUUAUCCCAAAACAAAAUGAGAAGGAUCUAGAUGACAUCCCAGCCAACAUGAGAGAGAAUCUUGAUUUUGUACCAGCUGUUUAUUUAGAUGAUGUCCUCAAUGCUGCAUUUGAUGGCGGAUUUCCAGCAGACUCCAGAUGUGAUAUUUUGAACAGUAAACUGUAAUGGUUUGUGAGUUGGAUCAAUUUCUAUUAAGCUAAAAAUGAACAUUUGAAAUUAUUAAUUUGCUUUAUCCCAUAAAAGGUGGAUGAUGCACUUUCUUGGAGGAGGGAAAAUUUUCCUAGUCUCCCAUGUUCAUCUUGUGGCCAGGGUGCUGGGAUGAGGUUGGGCUGCUUUAUCUUGGACAAAAAAAUUGGUUAAAUCUGUCACAAAACUGGUUUCAAACUUUGUAUGAGUGGACAAAUGUUCAGUGCUAUAUUGCAAUAACAGUACAAUAGAUUUGACUAGAGCUGCAUUAAUUUCAGGUCACAUUUCAUAGGCAUUGUCAGGUCUUCUAAGAUGGAACAAUCAAGGCUUUAGUUAUACAGUAACAAUAAAAUAAUUGUAAUAAUGAGAUUUUAGAUUUCAGGCACCAUUGUUGUUAUACAUGCAAUAUAAAAGGUUUAAUUCACCCCAUACCAACGGACAAGCCAAAUGUUUUUUCUUAUUCCACAUAAAUUUUCUUCAAAAUGUGUUGUAUGGUAUAUAAAAUAAAUUAAUUUAGAAAAAUAAACUGACUAUAAAUAUAAA